ACCAAAAAUUCAUAGCCCCGUGCAGCUGGUGCUCUCUCAUUCACAGUUUUCUAGAGAGAUCUGAGGCUGAACCUGGAAGACGGGGAUCUUGCGAGGACGCCUGCAGGAAAAAUACCCCUAGGCAAGGCUGCCUGCCUCUGUGAAGUAAGCAGUGGAAUAAGCUUCACUUUCCUUUGGAUUACAGUACCUACGAACUGAAUGUUAUGCUUCCUGCAAGGAUAUGAAAAAACCUUCCCAUUUUACUUGUCAAAUAUCUGCCUAAAUGCAAAAAGGUUUUGAAUGGAUCACACUUACAGCAGACCAUCAGUUGAAUGGGAUCAGCAUUUCUCUUCCUAAAUUAUCUUAAGAUAAGGAUUUUGAAAAUAAAUUUUUGCAGAGAUGACCCAUUUACAAGCUGGACUUAGUCCAGAGACUAUAGAGAAAGCCCGACUGGAACUGAAUGAAAACCCAGACAUUUUGCAUCAGGAUAUCCAACAAGUCAGGGAUAUGAUCAUCACCAGGCCUGACAUUGGGUUUUUACGUACAGAUGAUGCCUUCAUCUUGAGAUUUCUCCGAGCCAGGAAGUUUCACCAAACAGAGGCCUUCAGACUGCUGGCCCAGUACUUCCAGUACCGCCAGUUAAACCUGGAUAUGUUCAAAAACUUCAAGGCUGAUGAUCCAGGGAUCAAAAGAGCUCUGAUUGAUGGGUUCCCCGGAGUACUGGAAAAUCGUGAUCAUUGUGGCAGAAAGAUUCUUCUGCUCUUUGCAGCCAACUGGGAUCAGAGUAGGAAUUCCUUCAUCGAUAUUCUACGGGCUAUUCUGUUAUCCUUGGAAGUUCUCAUUGAAGAUCAAGAACUUCAGAUAAAUGGCUUCAUUUUAAUUAUAGAUUGGAGCAAUUUCUCCUUCAAGCAAGCCUCCAAGCUAACACCUUCCAUCCUCAAGCUGGCCAUUGAAGGGUUACAGGACAGCUUUCCUGCUCGCUUUGGAGGAGUCCACUUUGUCAACCAGCCCUGGUAUAUCCAUGCCCUGUACACGCUAAUCAAACCCUUCCUCAAAGACAAGACAAGGAAAAGGAUCUUUCUCCACGGUAACAAUUUGAACAGCCUUCACCAACUUAUACACCCCGAAUGCCUGCCUUCUGAAUUUGGAGGUACGCUUCCUCCCUAUGAUAUGGGAACAUGGGCUCGGACAUUACUUGGUCCUGACUACAGUGAUGAAAAUGAAUACACUCACACUUCCUACAACGCAAUGCACGUGAAGCAUGCAUCCUCCAACCUGGAGAGGGAGUGCUCCCCGAAACACAUGAAAAGGUCUCAGUCGGUGGUGGAAGCUGGCACAUUGAAACACGAGGAUCAAGGUGAAAAUGAAAACACUCAACCGCUAUUGGCUCUGGAUUGAGACCUAAUCACUAACACAAACGUUGCCAGACUUCAGCGGUACCAGAAACCUACAAAGCACACAAUAUGCUUUACACACAUGUGCGUGCACACAGGCACGUGUACACACACACACACACACACACACGUUCUGCUUGAAAACAGGUCCUCCAUUUUUUCAGACCAAGUAAAGAUUGUCACCAGCCAUCUGCCUGAGCGGCCAAAGCUGAACAAAGACUGAACAUUUUCUUUUGGCACAGGACGCUAACUAAGAGAAAACAAGGAGUCUGAUUGUAAACACAGAGUUCUUCUUUUCUUUUUUAUCUUUCCUUUGAUUUAUGGCAUAAAAAAAAAAGACUGAAAAGUGAGGGACUAAAUUCUUUGUUCGAACAGAAAAGGAUGUGCCAGUGGAGGUUCCUCUGAAUCAUUAUGCCAAGAUGGUCUUCAGUUUUAGUAAAACAAAGUUUAGAUUAAGUGCAUUUUAAAGCAAAGUAUCUUGAAGUUAAAACUGUGCAGCAAAACUAUCAGGUUUAAUGUAGUUUGUCAUCCUGAGGUAACUGCAUCUCUAAUAUCCUAAAAUUUGACUGAGGUUUUUUUCCUUAAACAAAUCAUCACCAGCGUAAUGUCAUUCAACACUACACUACGACAUCUCAUCAUCCUGGCUGCUUGCAGGGUUCACUUAUUUCAGUACCCUCCAAAAAUUAUUCUUAACUUUUGAAGCCCUUAUAAAACUGUCAGCUAUAUGUAAUGAGCUAUGUGGGCAGCAGACACACACAAUUUGAAAGGCAAUUAUUUAAUUUUAACGAUGUGUUUUUCCACAGGCAACACUACAGCCUGUUAGCUGCGUGCGCAUGGGGAGGUAACUCAUUGGAAACAGUCACCGGUGAUUAAUGGUUCAAUCCAGAUUGUUUCAUUUAGGUCACUACAGCAAAUGAAAGCUCUGAAGAGCGAUUUAACCCUCUUUCCUCCUGCAAUCAGUUAAGGAUGCAGCCAGAGGGGGUGUGCUGACUACAGAUGUGGGCUGUGGUUAAAAUGGAAAACUGAAAUGCCAAAGAUCAGUUUGUUAUUUCUCUAUUUGCUCUACUUGCAAAAGGAAUCUCAUCGCUGCAUUCAAAUGGAAAUAGUUACAAUAAAAAGAAAAACAAAAACACUUAACACUUGUGUAGUGACUUUAUUUCCUUAGAGAGUGUUUUUUACAAUUUUUUAUAGUGCUUUUUACCUUCCAAUCAGUCACCCCUUGCUGACAUUUGUUAAAACAAGUGGUUCAUGUGCACAUGUAAAAGAUAGUAGUGUAAACAAUAUACAUAAUAUGAGAUGACAGUGUGAAGCAUAACAUGGUUUUUGGUAGUCCUUGAGAAAGGCCACCCUGAAUGGAUAAACUGAAGUGAUGAUAUAGUUUAUAAUUGAGCACAGUCAGACUACAGUGAAUGACAAAAGAAUGGGUCACUGCUAGCCAUCGUAAUACAUUACACACCUGGCAAGAAUACAUGUCUACCAGAUAUAUUAUCAAAAUCUGUAAUUAUAUUACAGAAUAAUUGCUGAACUAAUGUAAUUCCUUUAUGUGUUUUUUUCCAUCAGCAGUCUGCCAUCAACUGGGGCUUGCUCUGUAAGAUAGCAAGUGAUCCUCCUAGGCAUAGAGCACUCUUUGCAAGGUGAUACUGUAGGAAUGUGUAGGAACAAAUACCAUACAUUAAUAUACAUUGCAUAAUUGAGCUCUCCUAUUUUGGGGUUUCCAUCCUCCCCUUAGGCCCCCCUCCCCCAUUAAAUU